UCCAGCAGAGAAGAAGAACGGACCUCGGCUUGCACCUUUUUUUAUUUACAGAAGGCUGAGCUGAAUAUGAAAGCAAAUUUUAAUAAAACACUAACAUAUUGUAAACAGCGAAGGUGACCCUGAGUGGGACCAAUGUUCAGGUGCGUGUUGGGAUCAUCUGUGAAGUAUUUGGCCUCCCUGCCGGUUCUGAGACACCAUCACCUGCUGCAUAACAGGAUGUCCACCUCACCACCAGCCCCUGUGGCUGCAGUCUGUCAACUUACGGCAACCCCAGACAAGGAGGCCAACUUCUCCGCCUGUAAGCAGCUGCUGGAGGAAGCCGGACAGCGAGGGGCCAGCAUGGUGUUCCUGCCGGAGGGAUUUGACUACAUUGGGUCCAGCAGAGAGGAGACCCUGUCGCUGUCAGAGACUCUGGGAGGGGACACGAUCUCCAGAUACACUCAGCUCGCCAGGCGGUUGGGGGUGUGGCUGUCUCUCGGAGGAUUUCACGAGCGAGGACAUGACUGGGAGAAGGACAGACGGAUUUACAACAGCCAUAUUAUCAUUAAUGACAAAGGGGACAUCGUGUCAGUCUAUAGGAAGUCCCAUUUAUUUGACGUGGAGCUGCCAGAAAAGGGCGUGUCACUCAAAGAGAGUGCCUUCACCAUCCCUGGAGCCUCCCUGGUCGCUCCAGUACAGACUCCCAUUGGCAAGGUUGGACUGGGCGUCUGCUAUGAUUUGAGGUUCCCUGAGUUAUCGCUCGCUUUGCAAAGACACGGUUCAGAGAUCCUCACAUACCCAUCAGCCUUCACUUUGGCAACAGGGGCCGCGCACUGGGAGGUGCUACUCCGCGCCCGAGCAAUAGAAACACAGUGCUUCGUCUUGGCGGCGGCGCAAGUAGGCCGGCACCACGACAAGCGUUCGUCCUACGGCCACGCCUUAGCCGUGGACCCCUGGGGUGAUGUGGUGGGCGACUGUGGAGGGGAGAAGCCAGGCAUGGUGCUGGUGGAGAUCGACCUGGAGAAAGUCAAUACGACCAGGAGGAACAUGCCUGUCCAACAGCACCGCAGGGACGCCGCUUUUUACCAAAGUCUCAGUCAAAGCUGAUUGUGAUUAAAGUGGAAGGGAAAAGUGGUUUAUUCAAGCAGGACAGGGUGUCUGAAUGUUUUCUUUUGGAUUCAUUUUUGCGUCCAGAUGUAUUCUGUUGGAUCGCAAAAACCUUAUGGGAUGUAAUUACUGAUAAAUGAACAUGAUAACAGUGGUCCUAUGCAGUCUUGAAAAUUUAGGAAAAAUAUCUGUUGUAAAUUCAUAAAAAACGUUAGUAUUUAAUCCCUAAACAUGGAACAGAAAUGGAAUUGCAAUUAUAAUACUUUGGAAAAUUGUGUAGAAAUCCCAUAGAUACCAUAUUCCAAUUAUUUAAUGUAACCCUCAAGCAUAGUUGAAUGAAUAAUUGGUUAAUCAUAGGAAGAUUUGUGCUUUCAGCUGAGCACUAAUGAUUAGGGACACCAAUCUAAGGUGUCAAGAGGUAUUCUGCUUAUACUGAAAUGAUGUAAAAAGCUGAAAUUAUUGGUUUAAAAGUCUUUCUGUGAUUAUCUUAGAUUUGUCUUUAUUCAUAUUCACAAUCUUUGAUCCUCGAUUAAAAAAACAAGAAAAUCAGAUCAGACGUUUAUCUUUUCCUAUCAGUAAAUAAAAAGACCACUAGAUGGCACUGUUGGGCAAAGAGAACUGAAGAGAACAGGCAAUGGCAGGCAUUACUGACAUACUACUCAAGGCUAUUAAAGAUUCGCCUGUAUUCAUUAUUAACCUUAAUGGACAUACGGUUUCCCACAAAAAUAAUAUUGUGAAACAUGACUUUGUUAUAAACAAAUGUAUAGCCCACACAUUUCUACUCCAAUGAACAGAUGCAUCUCAAUAAUCCAGGUAGAAAAAUAAAAAAGGAAGCUGUGUAGGUCCACUGGACUGUUUCUUCUUAGUUGAAACAUUAUGUCUCUUCUCCAAGAGAUAUUCAGUCUCAGGAGGUAAACUCGCCUUAAUUCAGAGGCUGAGUUUACCUGUAACUGACUGAAGAGGUUUCCCACAGAGGAGACAAAACGUUUCAACAAAGAAAUAGAUUUUGCCUCCAAUAAAUUGUUUUAUGACAAUGGGGA